CAGACGCGUCUUUGUUGCCUAGCAACAGUGGCUCAGCUACAGGAAACGACACUGCUGUGCCCUUGGCUCUGAAAGCGGCGGCAGGCAAGGCGCGGGGUCGGCGCCGUCUUCUGCCGCUGACUCUGGGGUCAUCCACGGAAUCGCUGGCGGAAUGCACAUGGACAACAGCGAAACAGCCGGGAGGGGCGGUGGCGGAGGAUCGCUAGCAACAUCAGCGCAGGGAGAAUGGUGAACCCCACUGAAAAUCCCCUGAUGAAAUACACACAUCUGAGAUAUAUUGGCAGUGGGAGUUUUGGAGAUGUUUAUAGAGCAUUGGACACUGCCACAGGAGGAGAGGUGGCAAUAAAAAAAUAAAUCUUCAAGGACUGAGGAGGAAGGAGCUAACCUUUAAUGAAAUAAUGAUCAUGAAGAGGUAUAGGAGUCCCAGUGUUGUGAGUUAUUUAGACAGCUACCUUCUGAGCAAGGAACUCUUGCUGCUUAGGGAGUACAUGGAUGGAGGCAUCCUGAGCGAUGUCAUCAGCCAGACCUGCCUGUCUGAAGAUGAGAUGGCAGCCAUCUGUCGGGAGUGCCUGCAAGGACUGGAUUUUCUUCAUUCAAACUAUGUGAUCCAUCAAGAUGUGAAGAGCCGCAACAUCCUUCUCAGAACUGACAGUUCUGUCAAGCUGGGCUCAACACCUGAUAGCCACAAUGGGGACCUCAAAGCUGUGGCAGCCCAAGCUCCUCUCAGCUUUGCUGUGUGACUUCCUGAACUGCUGCCUGCAGAGAGACGAGGAGCAGCGCUGGUCUGCCAAGGAGCUCCUGCAGGUAAAAUGUGAAGGGGCUGCAGGUGAAACAGGCUCUGAGGGAUGGGCUCCUCCUCCACUCAAGUCCAAGGCAUCAGAUGAGCCCCCUUCCUCCUCAUCUCCACUCUUGGUACUCUUCAAAUGAAAAUGGUGAGGAAUCCUAGACUGGGCUGGUCUGGCAGGGCCCUGUAAAGGUCCUCUGGUGCAAGUGUCCUGCAAUGAGCAGGGACAUCUUUAAAGAGAUCAGGUUGCUCAGAGCCCUUUGCCACCGGAGCUGAAAUGGUUGCAGGGAUGGGGCACCUACAAGCUCUUGGGGCAAGCUGUGAUACGGUGGCACCAUGCUCCGAGUAAACAAGUUCUUCCUUAUAGACCUACUCUGAUUAGAUGCCCUUUCUGUUUAAAAAUAUUUGUCCAUAUCCUAUUGUAACUGGCCCUGUUAAAAAAGAUGUCUUCCACAUUCUUCAAAGCCACUCUGAAGUCUUGGAAAGUGGCAAUAAAGUCUCCCUGGGGCCUGUUCUUCACAAAAUGGAAUAACUCCACCUCUCUCCGCAUUUCCUGAGAGGAGAGGUGCUCUGUCCUCUGACUGUUUCUGUUGCCUAUUGAAGUGAAGGGAGACAACCCAUCUUCAUUGAUCAGCAUCGAGCUCCGUUUUAUUGAUUCAACCAUUCACUUUUUAUAACAGUGUUAAUUAAACUCAUACAUAUUGCAAAAUCCGAGCUCAUCAUAGGUUAUAGAGCAAACUCUAACCCCUCCUUUUGUUUUCAAUACCUGUGGUUUGUUUAUUGAAACAAAGAUCUGUGUUCUCACCGUGAUAUGAGUGGUUCUCAAAACUCACAUUUACUUUCCCAAAACAGACAAAGAUAGAAUGUUCGCCGGUUAUGAGAAAACUGCCUGAGAACCCUGCUGUUUAUAGAAAUGUGCCUGAGAACCUAGUUAUUUACAGAAACAGGCUCUGAGAAUUUGCUCCUCACAGCUGCCUUUUACUUCUCCAUCAGCUGUAUAUCCUCAUGGCCUUUUUUUCCUUCAAGCCAUGUCUGAGCAAAAUUCUACAACAGUUGCCCUCUUUUGUGAUUUGGUGGGGUGUUCAGUUUUAUCUAAUGGCAAAAGAAUUGAAGUAGAGCAAUGCGGGGUACAGAGACAUGAAAUGGUGGUGGAAGAACCCAAGGAAGCCAGUCCCAGCUGAGCAGUCAGAGAUUUGGCUGUGGGCAGGAGGGGCUGUGGGGGCUCACUGUGAGCCUCUGAGGGGCCCUGGUUUGUGCCCCCCAGCCCACCCUUAGAGGUUUCUGCCACACAAACAGGGACAGCUGGGAGGGACUUGUCCCAGCCCCAUCUGCUGCCUGGCACGCUCAAGCAGACGGGAACUGUGCCAGGGUUACUGCCAGGUUGUGUGGCAGAGAGGGAACUGCAGGGCCCAGUGUCACUGGGCUGGCCCUGCUGGGAAGGAAGGUGCCAUCCAGCACACGAGGACAUGGGCAUGGAAUGGUAGACACUGCUUUCUGUCCUUGUGGGAAUUAGCACAGUGUCUUUCAAAGGCAGGGACCUGUGUGAGCCAUUGGGGUUUCCUGAAAGGAAGAUAACCCAGGGACAGAAAGCACCAUUUCUAGAGCACUGGCAGGGCAAAAAUCCCAGCGUGAUGAAGACAUCACAAUAAACAGAUAAGUGGGAUUCUGGGCCACAUUUGCCCAUGAUGGCAAAGUCUUGCUCAUUGGGGAUGACUGGGGAGCACAUGGUCCCAUUGCUCCUCUUUCUGGGUCUUUCUAGGAACUUGAUGUAUCCUGAUUGAGUCUCUGAAGCACUGAACUCGGAAAGUAAUGGUUCACUGUUCUUUAUUGCAUUUUUUUUUCCGGUGGACAGCAUCCAUUUGUAACUUCAGCCAAGCCAGCAUUCAUCCUGGCACAACUCAUCAAUUCAGUGAAGAAGAAGAAUAACCCUAACCCUAAACCCUAACCCUAAUACCUAACCCUAAAUUUAAAUGCUAAGCCAAACCCUAACCCUGUCCCUAUCUCUAACCCUUACCCUAUCCCUAGCCCUUACCCUAACCCCAACCCUAAGCCUAAGCCUAAACCUAAACCUAAGCCUAAGCCUAAGCCAAACCCUAACCCUAACCCUAGGGGAUGAGAACGUAACAAUCAUGUCAAGAUGUUAUCUCUGUUACCAAUUUAGAGUAGGAUUGUAGAGUAGGGUUGUUGAAGAGAUUUGUAGCAUAGGAUUAUAGAUUAGGGUUGUAAUUAAUUAAAGUUUCUGAAACAUCAACUAAUUUGGAAGAUUCUCCUCCUUCUGACCCCUUCAGAAAAUUCAACAUUUCCUUCUGAAUUAUCAGUUGUUUUUUAUUGGUGCUAAGUCACACAUAUGUCUUCUUUUGUAUGAUUUCAUAAGUGAGGAGGGCUCUUUUCAUUCAUCUUCUCCAGACCACACUGCCUUUGGAAUAUGACCCACUGGCUGGUUAUGACACAGCUGUGGUAUUUCUACUUGAGGCAGAAAGGGCAAUGGCAUUUGAAGGCAAAACCAAAGGAAGAAUGAGGCAGCCCAAACAUCUUGUGCAGAUGCAGGCCUUCAGCUGUGACUGGAGAGCACUGGGGUUCCUGCCACUUGGAUUUGUACCCCUAAAUGCAAUAAUCUCUUUGGCUGGAGGAGAGCCUUGCUCAAGUGAGAAAGCAGAAAGAUCAGAGAGGGUGCUUGGGAAGGUCUCCUGUGGUGCAGAGCUGUCAGCGCCUGUGAGGUGAGACCGGGCCCGGCCUUGGCUGGGCUGGAGCCCCAGCAGAGCCCCGGCAGAGGCCGGAGCAGCCUGAGCCCCGGCAGAGGCAGGCUGGAAGGAGGCCCUUGGAGCUGCAAGAGGCAGCAGCCGGGCCCUGGGUGCCUCUUCCUGGCAGCGGGCGAAUCCUCCGCUCUCAGAGCCCAGGUGGCAGCUGGCUGCUGCCGAGGGGAAGCGCAGCCGUGCUGGGCACAGCCCGGCCUGGAGGCAUUGGCCGUCUGGAGUGUGCCCAGGAGCAGAGAAAGGCCAAGGGCAGCCGCGGGCCGCUGGGCUGGCUGAGGAUUCCUCCUCUUCUGCCAGCUGCCCUGCAACUCCUGGCAAAGGUCAGCAGUGGGUGCAGCACUCUGGGCGCUGGGACAGGGAGCCGGGCUGCUCGGCAGGCUGGAGCACAGGGCAGCUCCUUCAGGCCCGGCACUUGUGCCAGGGAAGCGAGGCCAGCGUGAGGCAGGGACAGCUUGGCAGGGCCCAUCUGCAGGAGCCAGCGCCUCACGCAGCUCUGGAAGGAAGCGUCUGCAAUCCUGCAGUUCUGCACUGAGCCAGAGCAAAGGUGUGAGAUGCAGAGUGUUUGGCAGAAAUAUUCAGGCCCACCAGGCCAGCCUGCUUUGUGCUCUCUGGCGCAAAGCAAGGGCUGUGCAAUGCAGCUCUGAGCUGCUGGGAGAGAGGCAGUCAGGGAUGUGCCUGAGUCGAGGGGUUAGCUGAAAAUGUAAUUAGGAUAACUGAAAAUGCAGAUGAGUCGAGGGGCCAGCUGGGAAUAGAAUUGAGAAAGUAGAAGAUUGCAUGUUUUAGUUAAGAUUUUCAAAUGAGGUAAGAAGCUAAGUUAGUAAUACAGCUAGCAGAAAUCAUGUCCCUUAGUUAAAGAGUACCAAAUAUAUUAGGAACAUAAAGCUAGGAGUGCCAGGGGUUGAGAAAGCAAUUGUGAAGAAGCAGAGACCAUAGAAAUACCUUGCCUUAAGAAUAAUUGAACAGUUAGGAGAGGCUUGGACCAUGAGCAGCAGGUCAAAAGGUCUUGCCAGCUGGCCAUGGGAGAAGAGUUCACCAUGAGGAAGAUGGCUUUCUUCCUCCCAUACAACCACUUCCUCAUUUCAAAAUCCCAUCAACCCAGUUAAGGGAAUACAAUUGCACAGCUGUAAUAGAUAUUCAGCUGAUAAAAACACGAAGCAGGCAGGUGAUAAUUACGUAUUACGUGUCCUUAGAAAUCUAAUAUAAAACCUUUUCUGUAGAAUUAGAGAGCAGGAGUCUGCAACUCCUUGCACGUGUCUUUGGAAACUAGUUCACAUGUGACCAGGGCUGCAAUAAAUACCCUUCUUUUCUACUAUAAUUAGUUGAAGAGUCAUCUGUCCAUGCUUCAAGGGUUAUGCUGGAGUAGUGAACUCAUUUGAAAGGGAGCAGAAGAGUUUCAGCAGGCAAUUUUCGGAAGAGAUGGAAGCCUCUUGUGACUGAAGGGAAAGCUAUUUUGAAUGGAGUAAUGAUCCCAAAGUCUCUACAAUUGUAUCUUUGUGUCUGAAUUUAAAUCAGAAUGAUUGUAGAUAGCUUCAUGCAAUUUGUCUACAAAUUUAUCAAAGCCUUCAUUUUUUCUUUGACAAAUCUGUGUAAAAGACAUAGUGUGUAACUUAUCUGGAAGUGCAAGGAUAGCAUUAUAUGCUAGUUGUUGGCUCAUCUGUAAGACUUGAUCAAUGCUCCCAGCCUGGGCAGUGGCAGUAGCCCAGGGCCCCUUGCCAAGGAACUGUUGUGCUGUUAAACCAUACAGAGGAGCACCCUGCACUCUCGGUCUUGCUGCUUCUUGACCACACUUGUCCUCCCAGCUUUUAUGACACAUCACCUGCUAAUGGGGUGGCAUUAUAAAUCUUAUUAGGGUAUGCACAUCAGCUGGAAUUAACAUGUUAGAUGGAAAAAUAUACUGCAGAAGUGACAGUGCAAGUUGAGAUUUUCAACCAAAUUGUGAAAUUGCAGCUCUCAAGUUUCCUAAAAUCUUCCAAUUGAAAGGUUUUCAAACUCUACUUGCAGCAUUAGUUACUACAGGAAAAGCUUCUCCAUCAUUUGAGAGAAAAGUCCCUUCUACAAAAACUUCUACAAUAACUUUUUUCUACUUUCGUUUCUCUUUUGUGGAGAUAAAGCUUGGCCUGCAAUUCCUCGGAAAGCAUUAGGAGGACCAUGCUAUUUUGGGAAAUUGACACAUUUUGCCCCUAGCAUUCAACAGAUGCUUGACAUCAGGCACAAAUUCCAAUGUCCAAAACGUAGUGUGCAUCCAUUAGGCUCCGACUGCAACGAUAAUGUAGAAUUGUGGAAUUGGCCUUCGGUUAAAUUGGCAUCACUUUUUACACCAGGAUUAGCUUCAUCAAAGGCCCUUACAUAAUUCAAAUAAUUGGCCUGUUGGACAGGAAAACAAAUUAACAUUAGAUCUGCAAUACUGUAUGAGCUUACCACUGAUGUCAGUAGCAUACACCACGCUGUGUUACAGGAUAGGGCUGCUAUAGAUUUUUUGUUGCUAGCACAAGGAGAUGGGUGUGAAGAUUUUGAAGGGAUGUGUUGCAUGAAUCUCUCUGACCACUCUGAAUCUAUUCACAAGAAACUGUCAUUGCUUAAGGAGAAUGUGAAAAAGCUGACAGUUGUUUAGAAUUCUUUUGAUGAGUGGCUAAAAUCCUGGGGAAUAACAGGCUGUCUCAAGGACUUUGUAUGCUUUGGCAUUAUGUAUUAUUGCCUGUAUUAGGUAUUCUUGGCUAUGUAAUUAAUAAAUAAUUCUACGUAUUAUUGUAUUUUUAUUCUUUUUUCAA